AUGGCAGUGCAGGGCUCUCUGGCAGCGUUUAAUUGGGUCUGCUCCCUGACUGGGAGACCCAGCGGGACUCCUUCAGGUAUUCUGGCCACGCCCUUGGUCGCCCUGGGAGAUGGGGUUGCCCUGGAAACCAGCAUGGAGGGAAGUGCGAUGGCAGCAUUAAUGUUCAAGGUUAACUUCUAAUAUGAUAAUCUCUUCCUCAUCUACACGAUCUAGCAUCUGAUUGGCUCACAAUUCCAAGAAUCCGCCCCUACACUGACAGUAGUAAAGAGUAAGGAGGUCUUGGAGGGACAUAAUCAUACACGAGAUCUCAGCAGCACUCACUAUCUCUUGCACUGGGGAGAGAUCACACAGAGCUGAGAGGGAGAGUAGAACAAAUCUCAGAGCCUGUUGUGCACAAAAACACAUAAAGACAUAAGGGUUUGAGUGACACACCAGCUAAUGCAGAAAGGAGAUGACAAGUGUUUCCAAUUAUGGAUUUGUCUUACUUUGGUUUGGUACCCACGAGACUCAUUAAAGAAACACACUCGCACAGAACACGCAAACACACUUAACAUAGACAUUGGCAGACUGUCUGAAACACACACAAACACGGAGAGAUAAAUGUAAGAAUCCAGCUGUAAAGGGAAUUGGUAGUACCCAUGCAUGAUGUAUGGCCUUGUUACAGAUGCAUGAUUGAACAGGCCUCUAUAUAUGCAUGCUCUAUUCUCAAAGCAUUCACAAACACACCCUACACACACACACACACCCACCCUAACCUUAACCCCAAAACCCUAAACCUAACCCUUAAGCUUAAAAUAGCAUUUUAACAAAUUCCGGACCUGAAAAAAGUUUUUUUUCCCUACAUUGUCAGGACAUUGGGUUCCUGAUAAGGUAGGAAAACAGGUACACACACACACUGCUUUCCACCUGGCUACCUCUACCCCGGCCACCAGCUCUGCCCGUCCCCCCCCGUCCCCGUCCCCCCGCAACUUGCCCAUGCCCCUGCUUCUCCUUCACCCAAAUUCAGAAAGCUGAUGUUCUGAAAGAGCUGCAAAAUCUGGACACCUAAAAUUAGCCGCCGAAAUUGUAGCAACCCCUAUUUACUAGCCUGUUCAACCUCUCUUUUGUAACGUCUGAGAUCCCCAGAGAUUGGAAAGCUGCCGCGGUCAUCCCCCUCUUCAAAGGGGGUGACAAUCUAGAUCCAAACUGUUACAGACCUAUAUCCAUCCAGCCCUGCCUUUCGAAAGUAUUUGAAAGGCAAGUUAACAAACAGAUCACCGUCCACUUCGAAUCCCACUGUACCUUCUCCGCUCUGCAGUCUGGUUUCCGAGCUGGUCAUGGGUGCACCUCAGCCACGCUAAAGGUCCUAAACGAUAUUAUAACCGCGAUCGAUAAAAGACAGUACUGUGCAGCUGUCUUCUCCGACCUGGCCAAGGCUUUCGACUCUGUCAAUCACCGCAUUCUUAUUGGCAGACUAAAUAGCCUUGGUUUCUCAAAUGACUGCCUCGCCUGGUUCACCAACUACUUCUCAGAUAGAGUUCAAUGUGUCAAAUCGGAGGGCCUGUUGUCUGGACCUCUGGCAGUCUCUAUGGGGGUGCCACAGGGUUCAAUUCUCGAGCCGACUCUAUUCUCUGUGUAUAUCAGUGAUGUCGCUCUUGCUGCUGGUGAAGCUCAGAUCCACCUCUAUGCAGACGACACCAUUUUGUAUACAUCUGGCCCUUCAUUGGACACUGUGUUAACAAACCUCCAAACGAGCUUCAAUGCCAUACAACACUCCUUCCGGAGCCUCCAACUGGUCUUAAACGCUAGUAAAACUAAAUGUAUGCUCUUCAAUCGAACGCUGCUUGCACUCGCCCGCCCGACUAGAAUCACUACUCUCGGCGGGUCUGACUUAGAAUAUGUGGACAACUACAAAUACCUAGGUGUCUGGUUAGACAGUAAACUCUCCUUCCAGACUCACAUUAAGCAUCUCCAAUCCAAAGUUAGAUCUAGAAUCGGCUUCCUAUUUCGCAACAAAGCCUUCUUCACUCAUGCUGCCAAACAUGCCCUCGUAAAACUGACUAUCCUACCGAUCCUUGACUUCGGCGAUGUCAUUUACAAAAUAGCCUCCAACACUCUACUCAGCAAAUUGGAUGUAGUCUAUCACAGUGCCAUCCGUUUUGUCACCAAAGCCCCAUAUACUACCCACCAUUGUGACCUGUACGCUCUCGUUGGCUGGCCCUCACUACAUAUUCGUCGCCAAACCCACUGGCUCCAGGUCAUCUAUAAAUCUCUUCUAGGCAAAUCCCGCCUUAUCUUAGCUCAUUGGUCACCAUAGCAACACCCACCCGUAGUAUGCGCUCCAGCAGGUAUAUUUCAUUGGUCAUCCCCAAAGCCAACACCUCCUUUGGCCGCCAUUCCUUGUGGUCCUAUGUAGCUCAAUUGGUAGAGCACAGCGCUUGUAACGCCAGGGUAGUGGGUUCGAUCCCCGGGACCACCCAUACGUUAAAAAAAUAUAUGCACGCAUGCCUGUAAGUCGCUUUGGACAAAAGCGUCUGCUAAAUGGCAUAUUAUUAUUAUUAUAUUAUUAUUCUCUGCUGCUAAUGACUGAAACGAACUGCAAAAAUCUCUGAAGGUGGAGACUAUCUCCCUCACUAACUUUAAGCAUCAGUUGUCAGAGCAGCUUACCGAUCACUGCACCUGUACACAUCCCAUCUGUAAUUAGCCCACCCAACUACCUCAUCCCCAUAUUGUUAUUUAUUUUGCUAAUUUGCACCCCAGUAUCUCUAUUUGCACAUCAUCUUCUGCACAUCUAUCAUUCCAGUGUUAAUACUAAAUUGUAAUUAUUUUGCACUAUGGCCUAUUUAUUGCCUUACCUCCAUAACUUACUACAUUUGCACACACUGUAUAUAGAUUUUCUAUUGUGUUAUUGACUGUAUGUUUUGUUUUAUCCCAUGUGUAACUCUGUGUUGUUGUUGUUUUUAUCGCACUGCUUUGCUUUAUCUUGGCCAGGUGGCAGUUGUAAAUGAGAACUUGUUCUCAACUGGUUUACCUGGUUAAAUAAAGGUGAAAUAAAUAAAAUAAAACACACACACACAGAGAGAAGGAAGGAUUACUUUAUCCUAUCCCAGGUAUUCCUGAAAGAGGUGGGGUUUCAAGUGUCUCCGGAAGGUGGUGAGUGACUCCGCUGUCCUAGCGUCGUGAGGGAGCUUGUUCCAUCAUUGGGGUGCCAGAGCAGCGAACAGUUUUGACUGGGCUGAGCGGGAACUGUGCUUCCGCAGAGGUAGGGGGGCCAGCAGGCCAGAUGUGGAUGAACGCAAUGCCCUCGUUUGGGUGUAGGGACUGAUCAGAGCCUGAAGGUACGGAGGUGCCGUUCCCCUCACAGCUACGUAGGCAAGCACCAUGGUCUUGUAGCAGAUGCGAGCUUCAACUGGAAGCUAGUGGAGUGUGCGGAGGAGCGGGGUGACGUGAGAGAAUUUAGGAAGGUUGAACACCACACGGGCUGCGGCAUUCUGGAUGAGUUGUAGGGGUUUAAUGGCACAGGCAGGGAGCUCAGCCAACAGCGAGUUGCAGUAAUCCAGACGGGAGAUGACAAGUGCCUGGAUUAGGACCUGUGCCGCUUCCUGUGUAAGGCAGGGUCGUACUCUCCGAUUGUUGUAGAGCAUGAACAUACAGGAUUGGGUCACCGCCUUGAUGUUAGCGGAGAACGACAGGGUGUUGUUCAGGGUCACGCCAAGGCUCUUCCCACUCUGGGAGGAGGACACAACGGAGUUGUCAACCGUGAUGGCGAGAUCAUGGAACGGGCAGUCCUUCCCCGGGAGGAAGUGCAGCUCCGUCUUGCCGAGGUUCAGCUUGAGGUGGUGAUCCGUCAUCCACACUGAUAUGUCUGCCAGACAUGCAGAGAUGCGAUUCGCCACCUGGUUAACAGAAGGGGGAAAGGAGAAGAUUAGUUGUGUUUCGUCUGCGUAGCAAUGAUAGGAGAGGCCAUGUGAGGAUAUGACAGAGCCAAGUGACUUGGUGUAUAGUGAGAAUAGGAGAGGGCCUAGAACUGAGCCCUGGUGGACACCAGUGGUGAGAGCACGUGGUGCGGAGACAGAUUCUCGCUAUGCCACUUGGUAGGAGCGACCGGUCAGGUAGGACGCAAUCCAAGAGUGAGCCGCGCCGGAGAUGCCCAACUCGGAGAGGGUGGAGAGGAGUAUCUGAUGGUUCACAGUAUCAAAGGCAGCAAACAGGUCUAGAAGGACAAGAGCAGAGGAGAGAGAGUUAGCUUUAGCAGUGCAGAGAGCCUCCGUGACACAGAGAAGAGCAGUCUCAGUUGAAUGACCAGUCUUGAAACCUGACUGGUUUGGAUCAAGAAGGUCAUUCUGAGAGAGAUAGCAAGAGAGUUGGCUAGAGACGGCACGCUCAAGAGUUUUGGAGAGAAAAGAAAGAAGGGAUACUGGUCUGUAGUUGUUGACAUCAGAGGGAUCGAGUGUUGGUUUUUUGAGAAGGGGUGCAACUCUCGCUCUCUUGAAGACAGAAGAGACAUAGCCAGCGGUCAAGGAUGAGUUGAUGAGCGAGGUGAGGUAAGGCAGAAGGUCACCGGAGAUGGUCUGGAGAAGAGAGGAGGGGAUAGGGUCAAGCGGGCAGGUUGUUGGGCGGCCGGCCGUCACAAGUCACAAGAUUUUAUCUGGAGAGAGAGGGGAGAAAGAAGUCAAAGCAUAGGGUAGGGCAGUGUGAGCAGGACCAGCAGUGUCAUUUGACUUAACAAACGAGGAUCGGAUGUCGUCAACCUUCUUUUCAAAAUGGUUGACGAAGUCAUCCACAGAGAGGGAGGGGAGGAUUCAGCAGGGAGGAGAAGGUGGCAAAUAGCUUCCUAGGGUUAGAGGCAGAUGCUUGGAAUUUAGAGUGGUAUAAAGUGGCUUUAGCAGCAGAAACAGAUGAAGAAAAUGUAGAGAGGAGGGAGUGAAAAGAUGCCAGGUCCGCAGGGAGUCUAGUUUUCCUCCAUUUCCGCUCGGCUGCCCGGAGCCCUGUUCUGUGAGCUCGCAAUGAGUCGUCAAGCCACGGAGCAGGAAGGGAGGACCGAGCCGGCCGGGAGGAUAGUGGACAUAGAGAGUCAAAGGAUGCAGAAAGGGAGGAGAGGAGGGUUGAGGAGGCAGAAUCGGGAGAUUGGAGGGAGAAGGAUUGAGCAGAGGGAAGAGAUGAUAGGAUGGAAGAGGAGAGAGUAGCGGGAGAGAGAGAGCGAAGGUUGCGACGGCGCAUUACCAUCUGAGUAGGGGCAGAGAGAGUAUUGUUGGAGGAGGGCGAGAGAGAAAAGGAUACAAAGUAGUGGUCGGAGACAUGGAGGGGAGUUGCGGUGAGAUUAGUAGAAGAACAGCAUCUAGUAAAGAUGAGGUCAAGCGUAUUGCCUGCCUUGUGAGUAGGGGGGGGGGGGGGGGGGGGGGGGGACGGUGAGAGGGUGAGGUCAAAAGAGGAGAGGAGUGGAAAGAAGGAGGCAGAGAGAAAUUAGUCAAAGGUAGACGUAGGGAGGUUGAAGUCACCCAGAACUGUGAGGGGUGAGCCAUCCUCAGGAAAGGAACUUAUCAAGGCGUCAAGCUCAUUGAUGAACUCUCCAAGGGAACCUGGAGGGCGAUAAAUGACAAGGAUGUUAAGCUUGAAUGGGCUAGUGACUGUGACAGCAUGGAAUUCAUGGGUCAGGGGAAAAAGAGAGAAUGUCCACUUGGGAGAGAUGAGGAUUCCUGUGCCAUCACCCCACUGACCAGAUGCUCUCGGGGUAUGCGAGAACACAUGGUCAGACGAGGAGAGAGCAGUAGGAGUAGCAGUGUUUUCAGUGGUAAUCCAUGUUUCCGUCAGCGCCAAGAGGUCGAGGGACUGGAGGGUAGCAUAGGCUGAGAUGAACUCUGCCUUGUUGGCCGCAGAACGGCAGUUCCAGAGGCUGCCGGAGACCUGGAACUCCACGUGGGUCGUGCGUGCAGGGACCACCAGGUUAGAGAGGCAGCAGCCACGCGGUGUAAGGCGUUAGUAUAGCCUGUGCGGAGAGGAGAGAACAGGGAUAGACAGAGACAUAGUUGACAGGCUACAGAAAAUGGCUACAAUAAUGCAAAGGAGAUCGGAAUGAAAUGAACUAAACAUCUGGGAAAGCGAGAGAGCGGGGCCUCCCUCACUUACGUUUCACUGAAACACCCAAAUAUAACUCUCCCAACUUCCACCUCAGAAACUAUAAUUGUUGUAAACUACAGCGGAUCAAUGUUUUCAAGGAAUAGACUAACUUAGUUUAUUCAGCUAGCUAACUUGUUACAGUAUUCUUCUGUGAAAACCGUCCAGGGCACCUAGUCAUAUGACGCCACAGCCAACUAGCAUGCCGGACUCCAACAACACGGUUUAGCACCAAUACUCGGCCACAACAAACCACCAGUGUGUCAACACGCCAAGCAGAUCAUUCGUGUCCGUGUCUAACGUUGUGGGUUAGUCCCAACAGCUUGAGCGAGUCCGUCGUCAACUUAUUCAGCCAGUUAGUUAGCUAGAAUAGUUAGCAUACUAGCUAGCCAUUGCUUUCUGCCUACAAAGAAACCCGUCCUCCCACGGCACGAACACACAGAGAGAGCCAAGCUAACGUUAACUAGUCACCCAUGUCCCGAAUUCCCUUGAACGACUCUGGUUACCAGUAUGUAAAAACAAAACACAAAUGUAGGUUAUAACUUACCCCUAGCAGCUACUGUUAGCUAGCCAAGUGCAAAGCUAGCCACUGAAUUGACUCAGCCAGUUCGCAUCUGUUUGGUAGGUCGUUCCAGCUAUUGUUUAGUAGUAUCCAGGUAGCAACAAGCUAGCUACAUUUCGAGCACAGUAGCUACUUACUACCUAACGUUAACGCUUCAGACAAUGAGGUUAGAAAAACAGCUGAAUGGUAGACAUUAUUGUAUGUAAUUAUUGUAGGCAGCUAGCUGGCGUAAUUACAGGUACUCUCAGGCGUGAAACAACUAUCCACAGUUGCUAAUAGUUACCAAUAGCUACCCGCUAGCUAGUCCAGGUAGUGGGUUAGCUAGCUUCGUGCUUCACCGGGCUCAGCCGAAUACAAUACCUACAAUAAUGACAUACAACAACCCACGAUAACUACCUACAAUACCUAACUACAAUCUAAAUACAUAGUUUAAGCUUUACUCGACAAAGCUUAAACUAUGUAUAUAAGCCAUAUAAGCCAAGCUUACCUCCCGCCAGAGAGAGACACAACCUCACCCGACGACGACUCUGAAUGCAAUGCAAUGCAUUUUCCUAAUGGAGUCUAACUUCAAAUGGGGAAAAACAGCGCUGUGCUUUGUCCUAUGCCAAUCAAAACCAGCAAGGUUACACUCCAGGAGAUACAGAGGUUAUUCUCUCCCGGAGAAUGAUUGCCAGGAUCUGGGGGGUUCGGUGGUAAUUCUGGCUGGAGUGAUUGUCGCUGUUCCGAGCAUUCAGAGAGCGAGCCUCUCCCGUGUGUAGCCAGCUGAUGAUGACUAAUUUCAGAACUCACUGGAGAGGCCACUGCGGAGAGGGGAGAGGGCCCGGGAUGCCUUUUAGCUGUGAAAAUACGCCUAAGAGUGCGGCCAAAUGCUAGCUCUCACACACACACACACACACUGACCAUCUGAGCGUAUUCACCAAUCUGUGAGUAAGGGUGAAAUUCUGUAGGCAGAUGGUUGUGACUCCAGGCAAUCAGUCCUAUCAAGGCUUAGCACAGGCAAUAGAGAGAAGUGUGUGUGUGUGUCAUACUCACAAGCCUCUGUCUGUGUUAGUGGUGGAUUUGUCCUAUUUCAUGCCCUAGUGUUCAAGUGAGGUUGGUUUUAUUUUACAUUGAUAACGUACCUUUUCAUGUGUGACUUGUCAGUUAUUAAUGUGCUAGUUAUGUUUCAAUGGUUUCAAGUCCAGCGAAAUGCAUUUCUUGCAAGCUCUAAAACCAACAAUGCAUUAAUCAAUAAAAAUGUAAUAUUAAAAAUAACAAGGUAGAACAAAAACACACAAGAAAUAAAAAUAAGAAGAAUACGAGAAAGUAAGUAAGCAUACUAUAUACAGGGUCAGUUCCAGUACCAUAUUAACAAUGUGCAGGGAUACUGGAGUGAUAGAGGUAGAUAUGUAUAGGGGUAAGGUGACUAGGCAUCAGGAUAUAUGAUAAACAGUGUAGCAGCAGCGUAUAUUAUUGUUUGUGAGUGGGUGUGUGUGUGUGUGUGUAGAGUCAGUAUUAAUGUAUGUGCAUAUUAUGUGUGUGAGCAAAUGAUGGAGUGAGUGUUUGUGUGUGUGUUGGAGGGUCAGUGUGCUUGAGUGUGUGCUGGCCUGCGAGUGUGCAUAGAUACAGUGAAAAAAUACAAGGGUCAACUCAGUCUGUGUAGCCAUUUUGUUAGCUAUCUAGUUAGCUAUUUAGCAGUCUUAGAAGAUGUUCAGGAGCCUGUUGGUGUCAGACUUGAUGUACCGGUACCGCUUGCCGUGCGGAAACGGAGAGAACAGUCUAUGGCUUGGAUGGAAGGAGUCUUUAACGAUUUUCCGAGACAUCCUUUCACACCGCCUGAUAUAGUGGUCCUGGAUGGCAGGGAGUUUGGCCCCAGUGAUGUACUGGGCUGUCCACACCACCCUCUGUAGCGCCAUGUGAUCGAGGGCGGUGCUAUUUCCAUACCAAGCGGUGAUGCAGCCAGUCAAGAUGCUCUCAAUGGUGCAGCUGUAGAACUUUUUGAGGAUUUGAGGGCCCAUGUAGUGAUGGAAUGGGGCUCAGUCGAGGUGUGUGUGCACGUGCACAGGCUGUGUUUCCCCUCCUAAAGACUCUCCCACUCUGAGACACACCCGGUCGGUCAUACCUUUUGUACCUGUAGCUAAUCAAAUCAAAUGUUAUUUGUCACAUGCGCCAAAUACAACAGGUGUAGACCUUACAGUGAAAUGCUUACUUACAAGCCCUUAACCAACAAUGCAGUUUUAAGAAAAUAAGUGUUAAGAAAGUAUUUACUAAAAUAAACUGAAGUAGAAAAUAGAAAAAUAACAAAUAAUUACAAAUAAUUAAAGUAGUACAAUAAAAUAACAGUAGCUAAUGUAAUCUAAUGUCACACCUGAUGUCCCGGUAACCAAUCCACUACUGUACCUCCCUGACAUAUUAUUCUAGCACUCCAUAUCUCCCCCUCUUCCUCCCUCUAACUCUCACAGGUCUAUUACCCCUCCUUCCUUCCUCUCUCCAUCUCUUCUUCUCUUGCUCCCACAGCCUGGAUUCCUUCAACUCUCCCUAUAUCCACCUUUCCCUCUCUCACUAUUAAACUGAAUCUUCCCUACUCCUCCUCCCUUCAUCUUUCCCUCUCUACAGUGAGGGAAAAAAGUAUUUGAUCCCCUGCUGAUUUUGUACGUUUGCCCACUGACAAAGACAUGAUCAGUGUAUAAUUUUAAUGGUAGGUUUAUUUGAACAGUGAGAGACAGAAUAACAACAAAGAAAUCCAGAAAAACACAUGUCAAAAAUGUUAUGAAUUGAUUUGCAUUUUAAUGAGGGAAAUAAGUAUUUGACCCCUCUGCAAAACAUGACUUAGUACUUGGUGGCAAAACCCUUGUUGGCAAUCACAGAGGUUUGACGUUUCUUGUAGUUGGCCACCAGGUUUGCAUACAUCUCAGGAGGGAUUUUGUCCCACUCCUCUUUGCAGAUCUUCUCCAAGUCAUUAAGGUUUCGAGGCUGAUGUUUGGCAACUCGAACCUUCAGCUCCCUCCACAGAUUUUUUAUGGGAUUAAGGUCUGGAGACUGGCUAGUCCACUCCAGGACCUUAAUGUGCUUCUUCUUGAGCCACUCCUUUGUUGCCUUGGCCGUGUGUUUUGGGUCAUUGUCAUGCUGGAAUACCCAUCCACGACCCAUUUUCAAUGCCCUGGCUGAGGGAAGGUGGUUCUCAUCCAAGAUUUGACGGUACAUGGCCCCGUCCAUCGUCCCUUUGAUGCGGUGAAGUUGUCCUGUCCCCUUAGCAGAAAAACACCCCCAAAGCAUAAUGUUUCCACCUCCAUGUUUGACGGUGGGGAUGGUGUUCUUGAGGUCAUAGGCAGCAUUCCUCCUCCUCCAAACACGGCGAGUUGAGUUGAUGCCAAAGAGCUCGAUUUUGGUCUCAUCUGACCACAACACUUUCACCCAGUUCUCCUCUGAAUCAUUCAGAUGUUCAUUGGCAAACUUCAGACGGGCCUGUAUAUGUGCUUUCUUGAGCAGGGGAACCUUGCGGGCGCUGCAGGAUUUCAGUCCUUCACGGCGUAGUUUGUUACCAAUUGUUUUCUUGGUGACUAUGGUCCCAGCUGCCUUGAGAUCAUUGACAAGAUCCUCCCGUGUAGUUCUGGGCUGAUUCCUCACCGUUCUCAUGAUCAUUGCAACUCCACGAGGUGAGAUCUUGCAUGGAGCCCCAGGCCGAGGGAGAUUGACAGUUCUUUUGUGUUUCUUCCAUUUGCGAAUAAUCACACCAACUGUUGUCACCUUCUCACCAAGCUGCUUGGCUAUGACCUUGUAGCCCAUUCCAGCCUUGUGUAGGUCUACAAUCUUGUCCCUGACAUCCUUGGAGAGCUCUUUGGUCUUGGCCAUGGUGGAGAGUUUGGAAUCUGAUUGAUUGCGUCUGUGGACAGGUGUCUUUUAUACAGGUAACAAGCUGAGAUUAGGAGCACUCCCUUUAAGAGUGUGCUCCUAACUCAGCUCGUUACCUGUAUAAAAGACACCUGGGAGCCAGAAAUAUUUCUGAUUGAGAGGGGGUCAAAUACUUAUUUCCCUCAUUAAAAUGCAAAUCAAUUUAUACCAUUUUUGACAUGCGUUUUUCUGGAUUUCUUUGUUGUUAUUCUGUCUCUCACUGUUCAAAUAAACCUACCAUAAAAAUUAUAGACUGAUCAUUUCUUUGUCAGUGGGCAAACGUACAAAAUCAGCAGGGGAUCAAAUACUUUUUUCCCUCACUGUACAUCAUUUCUUGUCACCCGCCCAACUUAUUCAAGGCCUCCUCUCUUUUCCUCCCUCUCUCUGUCGUACACUGACAGCCAUCCUUUCCUUCUCUCUGUCCUCUGCCCACACACUAAUAUCCUCUCCUGUUCAGCAGGAAAUGAAGACAGCCUCGACACAUCUGUCAAACAGAAAUUGCAUUGUAUACCUGUCACCAGCAUUCACUUGUUUCUCUAAAUACUGAAAUUAUUGUUGAAAUAACUGUUCUCUCUCUCUCUCCUCUCUACCCCCACUCCCUUCCUCUUCUCACUCCCUUCCCCUCUCACCACUUCACUCCCUCUCUCCCCCCCUCUCUACCCCCUCCCCCUCCAUUCCUCUCUACCUGUCCCUUUCCCUCCCUCCCUCUCUCACCCCCUCCCUCCCUCCCCCACUCCUCCACAGUGUCUAAGCUGCGUGUGCAGAAGACCAACCAGUCCCUGGUCUACCUGGAGGACAGCCGUGUGCGCGUCAACUGCUCCGUGGCCUCCCAGACCAGCACCGACUCACAGCACGCCGUGCUUUGGUACGUGCGCCGCGCGACGGGCGCCGAGGCCGACGAGCUCCUGCUGAGGAUCGAGCGCUCAGGCGCAUUUGAGUAUGGUGCGUACGCAGACGAGGAGAGGUUGAGGCGGCGGGUACAGGCGGAGAGGAUGUCGCCACGUCUGUAUGCGCUGACACUAAACAGGGCAGAGAGCAGCGACUCUGGGACAUACUACUGCCUGGUGGAGGAGUGGCUCACAGACCCAGACGGAGCCUGGUACAGACUGGCACGGGACUCCUCAGGCUUCACACAGGUCCUCGUCAGACAGCCAGGUGAGGAAGAAGAGGAGGGAAGGAGGGAUCAGGGGAGGGAGCCUGGUACAAACUGGCACGGGACUCCUCAGCCUUCCCACACAUAUCUUCCCAAAAGAUAUAGCAAGAGCCCAGUCUCUCUCUCUAUUUGUCUCUGUGUCUCUCUCUCUCUGUCUCUCUCUAUUUGUCUCUGUGUCUCUCUCUCUCUGUCUCUCUCUAUUUGUCUCUGUGUCUCUCUCUCUCUGUCUCUCUCUAUUUGUCUCUGUGUCUCUCUCUCUCUGUCUCUCUCUCUCUCUCUGUCUCUCUCUCUCUGUCUCUCUCUCUCUCUCUCUCUCUCUCCUUCCUCUCUCUCUGUCUCUCUCUCUAUCUGUCUCUCGCUAUGUCUCUCUCGCUCUGUGUCUUUCUCUGUGGUUAACAGUAGCUGUUCUUGGCCCAUGUGGUUGUCACCUCCUAACAGUGACCAGUUGUGCCUAAUAACCCCCCCCCCCCCCCCCCCCCCCCCCUUCUCUACUUUCCCCCUCAUCCUCUCCCCCUGCCCUCAAGGCCGUUUCGCUCUGAUGACCACAUCACCUGCCCUGGGCAGAGCUCAGGUGGCAGAGCGGACGUUGUGGCUCUGGUGCCAGCUGGCACAGAUGGGCAUAGCCUGGCACUAGAGCCGAGGGGCAUAACCCACCUGUCCACCCCUCCAACCCCUAAUGCCCCUGACUACCCAACAGAACUACAACCCCACACACCCUCACUCAGCUCAAACCCAAUAACCUCGACCCUACAAUGUCCUCUACACACCUUCAAGUCCCCCUCCUACUGUCUACACCCCAUGCCCCCCCAAUCUCCUCCCCUCACACUCCGGACUAUCUGCGCUACAUUUUGACUGUUUACAGACAAACAUGGGUAACCCCCACUCCCCCUUUCCCCUCCCCGUAACAUCUCUGAAAGCAUCUGUUAUGCCAGGGGUCCUGUGAGCAGGGCAUUAUAAAUGCAGGGUGAAAUGUGCGGGUGUCCGUGGCAUCUGCCCGACUGCAACAUGAAGGUCAGACAGAAGGGCUGAAGCUGGGCAGAGAGCAACAGCACUCAUCUUUUAUUUAAGCAGCAAAGUGGACACUGCUCCCCCAAUUACAUUAAUGCUGAAAAACACACACACACACACACACACACACACACACACACAUACAUACCCUGUGACACAUACAUGGCAGAAACAUAUCUAUUUGUCGCUUUCAACUCACAGCGACCCAAGUGUGUGUUUGUGCAUGUGUGUGACUGUGUGUGUGUAUAUGCAUGAUUUUGUGUGUGUAUAUCAGUGAAUCACUUUCAUGUUUUUUCUUUGAGUGUCUCACCUCUGUAUUUCUCAGAGGUAAGAUGUGCCUUCGGGAUCCCGAGGCUCACCAGGGGAUUGGGUUAUUAUUAUCAAACACCAUAUCAGGGAGCUCUUAUUCCAUUUAUAGUUAUACAUCUACAACUAUAUAAAUAUAUAAAGAUGGGUGGCAAAGUUCCAGGCCUGAUUUCCCAGGGGGCCGAUAGGAGUGUCUCAUUAAGGUGCUAAAGAAUGCAGACACCCAGUAAGUCAGACGGAAAUGGUUCUGUCGUGUCAGAGGAACAGGGAGAUAAGACCAGAUCGAGAUGCCAGCUCUCUUGCCUGUCUGCCUGUCUGCCUGCCUGCCUGCUGCUUGCUUCCUCUCUUCUUUUAACCAGAGGAAACAUUACAGUCUGUGAACAGCCUGAUCUAUCAGUCUUUUUAAGUUCAGUUCUUUUUUACUCGUUAUAACUGGGUCAGUGUACAGGCCCUGUAGGAGUGUAGCCAUCCCACACAGACACUCUCCCCCCUGGGCUAGAAGCCUCUAAGAGGCAGGGCUGGCCCUGGAGGGGAACCAAGGACUGGAAAGGCCAUGGACAGCUGGUGUAACACUGUUAGCCAAAUUUUCGAGGGUUUUGGCAUUUGGGGGUAGUUGGGCACGUAAAAAUUCACAGUGAAAGAGAUUUUGCUAUCUACUGAGUUUAUGAUUGUGUUUUGGAUUAUGUGUGUUGAAGUUUUAAAGCACAUAAUGAUUUGAAGCACAUCGAAAUCUAUCGGUCAGUGUGAAGUUUUCUGUUUCAAGGCAGGACAAUUCUUAUAAAAUUGUUAUUUUCUUCUAUUUCUUUCCCCCACUCUCCCCCUCUCCCUCUCCCCCUCUCCCCCUCUCCCCCUCCCCCUCUCUCUCUCUCUCCCCCACCCCCUCUCCAUCUCCCCCUCCCCCUCCCCCUCUCUCUGUGCAGAGGUGCGGUUACAGGUGGAGGAGUCAGAGUCUAAUAUCACCGUGUCCCAGUCCAGUUCCAUCCGGUUGGGCUGUAGCAUUCCCUCCCAGUCCUCCAGAGACUCUCGCUUCUCCGUUUCCUGGUACGUGGAACGCGCCUCCACACGCUCCGAAGAGGAAGUGGAGGAAGAACAGGGGGAUGUUGAAGAGGGAAACCGGGACUGUGUGUUCUCCAUCGGACACGACGCCGUGUUCGGGAACGGGAACUGUAGCCCAAUCGAGGAGGCAGGGCCUAACUCACGCCUGCAGUUUGAGAGGACGACCUCUGACCUCUACAGUCUGACCAUCCAGGGGGCGCGACCCGCUGACGCUGGGCGCUACUACUGUCACGUGGAGGAGUGGCUGCUCAACCCCCGCAACGCCUGGUAUCGCCUGGCAACCAACAACUCUGACGUCACCAUCGUCAACGUGAUCCAGCAGGGUAAAUCAAUUAAUACAUUUCUGUAGUCCUUUUAGAAAUAAAACAGAUGGUGCCACAUGGUGAAUGACAAUGUCCUGGGGCUAGAAAAACAAAGGCAAUGCGAUAGAAUGGAGACUUAUUAUUGUUGUUGACAUUUCAGCUGCAAAGUGUUUUUCCAAGAGAAGUGUUUUUUUUCACAAAUACAUUUGUUACAAAGUGUUUAACAGCAGCCCUGGCCAACCAACUCCUCCUAUUUGUAUCAUUAUUAUUCUAGAGACCAAAUAUGAGCGCAUUGGCUUGUGCUGAUCUUACUGAUGAUUCUGGUGUUUGAGUUAGUACUGACAGUCAGCUACAGUAUAGGCUGCUAUUAGCAUGCCAAACAAACAUCAAACUACACCAUAAUGGAAUGCUCUCCAUUGAUGUCAUCUUUUCAUCCAUAUCACACUCCCAUCCAAUUUUCUGUUUUCUCUACCUUGCCCUUCUCCUUAUUUUUCUCCCUUUCUCUCGCUCUCUCUGCCCUCCCUAUCUCUCUUUCUCUUCCCCCAUUCUCUCUCUGUCUCUCUCUCUCUCUCUCUCUCUCUCGCCCCACAGUCUCCACCCUGCAGUCGGUGGUGUGCUCCAACGACUCUCUCUUCUACUUUGUCUUCUUCUACCCGUUCCCCAUCUUCGGCAUCCUCCUCAUCGCCGUGCUCCUGGUACGCUACAAGAGCCGCAGACACAGCAAAUCCCAGGAGGGCAAGAACGGUGCCCCCUUACUGUGGAUCAAAGAACCCCACCUCAGCUACUCCCCCACCUGCCUGGACCCCCCCGCCCUCAGCCUGCACCCCGGCUCAGUGGACUAA